GCGAGUCCUUAAUGGAGGGGUCUCGGCGGUGUCGUGGGGGAAAUGUUGGGACAGUACGGCUUCGAUGGCGAAGUCGGAGGCAUCAGUGGUGACAUAGAAAUGGCAAGUGGGGUCGGCGAUCUUGAGGGCAUGGGCCGUGGUGAUGGUUUGCUUGAGUAAGUCGAAAGCGUGUUGGCGGCGAUCGUUCCAAUGGAAGGGCUCGUCCUUGUGGGUGAACGGGCGGUAAUAGUUGGCAAGGCCGAGGAAGGAACGGAGUUGGAGGAGGGUCUUGGGUGUGGGGUACUCGACGAGGGCUGUGACCUUCGAGGGGUCCAUACGGAUGCCUUCAGCGGAGACAAUGUGGCCAAGGUAUUCGACGCUCGAAGCGGCAAACAUACAUUUGUUGAGCUCGGCGUAGAAUUUUUGCUCUCGGAGGAUCGAGAGGACUUGGUGGAGGUACUGAAGGUGGGACUCAAAGGUGGGGCUGAAGACAAGGAUGUCAUCAAGGUAGACGACGACACAGACUUCGAGGAGGUUGCGGAAGAUGUAGUUCAUGGUAGAUUGGAAGGUAGCGGGGGCAUUGGUGAGUCCGAAUGGCAUCACGAGGAACUCGUAGUUCCUGAACCGAGAGCGGAAGGCGGUCGUGUGGGUGUCCUCGAGGAUACGGAUCUAGUGGAAGCCACUGCGAAGGUCGAUCUUGGUAAAGUACUUGGCUCCACGGAGACGAUCAAGGAGCUCGGAAAUCCGAGGAGCACGAGGCAGUGGGAGGCGUUUGCGACGCCUAGAAGUCGUCCGGUGGAGGGGGCAUCACCGGAGAGGGGGAAGGCAGACGAAUUGUCGAUGCCAGAUGAGCCAUCGGUGGGACGAAGGACGUCACCGAUGGGUUGGCCGACAGACACGAUGUCGAUGUCGGGACAAUGUCCUGGGGAUUGUGUUCAUGAUGAGGAGGGACCCGCGCUUGCCGAGGGCGGUGAUGCGGAGGUUGCGGGUCAAGUGGAGGCGGACUGGCGGGUGAAUCGUGCGGCGUUGAAGCAGUUGGUUUGUUGGUACCCCAAUUGGCGACAACGGAAGCAACCCCCKUUUGCUUGGAGGUGUGGUGAACUCGUCCGAGGAAGGGAUGGAGGUGGUGUCUUCAGGGGUGAUGGGAUGGAAAAAGCGGGUGCGGGAGGGGGCGGGCGUGGGCUGGUGAUGGGGGUGGAGGAGUCGAUCGUGGUGAAGUAUGCGAGAGAGGAGGUCAACAAGGGGUAUGUCGGGUUCGUGGGCGAGGGCGGUUGCAAGGUCUUUGUGGCAUACUCGUUUGAUGCGGGAGAUGAACGCAAAGUCGGGAAUGACGGUGGUGGGGAGGUGGUGGCGGAGGGAGCGAACGUAUUGGACGAAGCGGUCCGUGGGACCGGUCUGACGGAGGUGGAAGAAUUGUUCAAGGUAGUCAUCAAUGGUUUUCUGGGGGCGGAAGGUGGCAGUGAGAAGGUUGGCCCAUUGGAGGAAGGAGUGACGUGGUCCUCCGGAGGCUCGACGGUUGCUGACUUCAGCCAUCCACCAUUUGGCGGCAUUGCCGAGGAGGCGGGAGGUGGCAAUUGGGAGCCAGUGGGCAAGGAGCAUGUGGUGGAGGUGAAAAAAGUUCUAGAGCUGGGUGGUAGGAGUGGAGGAGGUCGGNCGGAUGAGGGAGGAGGUGGGGGGAACGAAACGAUGGUGGAGGUUGAAGGGUUGGUGGAUGUGGUGGUAGAGGUGGUAGGAGUGGAGGAGGUCGGCGGGGGGGUGUUGCUAGAGGUGGCUGUGGAGGAGGGAGUGGUUUGCGUUGUGGAGGAGGGAGUGGUUUGCGCUGUGGAGGAGGGAGGUGCGGUCGUGGUGACAACCGUGAUGGAGGGGUUGUUCCCUUCGAGCGUGGAGACGCGAUUGGAUAUGGAUGACGCAGUGGCCCUUAUGUCGUUGAGAGAGGCGGUGACAGAGGUUUGGAGGGUGUUGAGAGUCUGGAGGAUGGCCAAGAGGUCGGGGGUGGCGGUGUUUGUUGGUGGUUGUUCGUCUGCGAGGUUGCGAGCGAUGCUAUCGACCGAGUCGGUGCGGAUGUCAGACAUGUUGAUGGAGGAUGCGGUCAUGUCGGGGGAAGAGGGAGUGGAGGAUGCGGCCUAAACGGAUGUGGAGGAUGCAGCAGCAGCGGUGGCGGCAAAAUAAAGAUAAUUGCCAAGA